UUUAUACAGCUGCUGAUUGGGAGUAAUAUAUUUACAUUGCUUUGUUAAAGUAAUCUUCAUAAUGAUGGAAAUGAAAGAAAAUGAUUUGAACGAAAACAUGGAAGGUAUUGAUUUACUAGAAUAUUGCUUUUAUCACAAAUUUCUUUUAGUGGAAGAGCUGGUACUACAAAAAAACUUUUUAAAAUUACACCACGGACGUUGCGCUGUGAUCGGCAAAUUGAUUCAACACCAAAAUGGUUACCCCGUGCUGGAAAAUAUCAACCAAUCCUCAAUAUUACCCAGGGCUUGCAAUCUACCGGAAGGCACAGUAAAUUUGCGUCUAUUUAAAUUCGUCACCGCCGACGUUGAAUUAAAAUUUGGGCAAUAUUGUGAAGUUUGUGGUGAAAUAGUCCUUUGGAAUCCCAAUAGCUCCCGUGACAACUGGUUGUCUAUGACACCUCGUGGCGCAGUUGAGUUAGAAUUGAAAAAUUGUGAUAAAGUAGUUAGAAAACAAAAGAUUGAGAAGUUAUGCGAUACGUACCUUCCAGCAAUUAAUAUAUUUAGAGUAGAUUACAUAGAUUGUGCCGUGGAACUCAUUCAAAGACAUUUAAAAAUUCGACUGCUUACUCCGAAUCAUAAAAGAAGUAAUUAAAAAUGUAUGCUUUUGGAAAAAGAUGUGUAAAAUUACAAAAGUUAGCUGAGGUAUGUUGCAAAAUUCUACAUUUAUUUAUUGUUUGUAUUUAUAUUUUAAAUUUAUUAAUGUAAUUAUUAUAUUAUGAAGAAGGCAAUAGGCUCGUUUCUAUUGAUAAAUAUAUUUAAUCACAUACUUA